AUGGAUAUUCUUGAAUUGAUUCACAUUGAAACACAACAAAAUCAAUGCAAGCCUUACAAGUGCAACAUGUUGAACUGCUUAAAAGCUUUUGGCCGUCGAUCUGAUCUCGCAAGACAUCUUCGCAUUCACACAAAUGAAAGGCCUUAUGUCUGUCAAGAAUUGGGCUGCGGAAAGAGCUUUAUCCAGCGGUCCGCCCUGAAGGUCCAUAUGAGAACCCAUUCAGGCGAGAGACCUCAUGUGUGCGAGUUUGAGGAUUGCAAAAAGAACUUUAGCGACAGUUCUUCAUUAGCUCGUCAUCGACGUAUUCAUACAGGCAACAGACCCUACAAAUGCCGUCACGAUGGAUGCAACAAGAGCUUUGCCAGAAAGACCAUUUUGACAACUCAUCAAAAAGUAGCACAUGGAUCCGCUACCAAACAUACCAUGCUUCAGUGGAGACCAUUCAACGAGAUUCCAGAAUUGAUGAAGAAGCAAAAGCGUCAAAACAGUAUUUCGUCCAUCGGUAGCGCUAUGAGUAGCCAGCCCCCUUCGCCCACGGCAACCACGACAUCGACUUGUUCAAUUGCAUCCCAAUCGCCUUCUCCUUCUCCAUCCUCACCACCACCCAAUUACCAUGCAGACUAUUUUGUGCCCCAGCAUUACCAGCAAAAGCAAAAUACCAUCUUACCAAGAUUGUAUGGCAUGGAAUACACUUUCAAGGAAAUGCCCAGUGAAUUGCCUUCGUUUUAUUUCUCUACCUAG